AUGAUAGUUGGUUACGAUUUGUAUCAUGACUCUACUCUCCAUGGAAAAACCAUUGGAGCAUGUGUGUCAACUACGGACCAAGAUUACACCCAGUUCUACUCACAAACUCGUCCUCAUGAGAAUCCUACUGAACUCGGAAACAAUCUUGGACACUUUAUCAAAAAGGCGCUGCGUAAGUACUACUUGGCCAACAAUCACACCCUCCCUGACAAAAUCUUUCUUUACCGUGAUGGUGUUGGCGAUGGGCAAAUCCACUAUGUGAAGGAUCAGGAGGUUACCCUUGUACAGAAAGCUUGCGAAGAAGUUGUGGAGAAGGAACACUCGAAACAACCAAUCAAACUGGCAUUUAUCAUUGUUACAAAAAAAGUGAACAUGAGAAUCUUCAAAGGUGCUCCUGACUCAGUAUUGACAAACCCGGAUCCUGGAACUGUUGUCGACACGGUCGUCACGCGACCCGAGAGAUACGACUUUUAUCUGGUACCGCAGCAUGUUAAUCAGGGCACGGUGACACCUGUCUGUUACAAUGUCAUAUUUGACAAUACGGGUCUAAAGCCGGACCAUCAUCAAAAGCUCGCGUUUAAACUAUGUCACUUGUACUAUAACUGGCAGGGAACAGUGCGCGUACCUGCACCAUGUCAGUAUGCUCACAAGUUGGCGUUCAUGGUUGCCCAGUCAAUUCAUAGAGAGGUAAAUGAGGAACUCCGCAGUAAGCUGUUCUUCCUGUAA